UCUGGACAUUUGGCAAGAUGCAUCUGAACCUGAGCUUUUUCAUUGGCUUGUUGCUGGUGCUGCUCUGCAGCACUUUCGCGAGCGCCUUUCCUCAGGGGCCCGGCUGUGGACCCCCACCCAAUGGAACUCCUCCUCCUGGUCCUCGUCCAUCGGGUCCUCCUCCUGGCUGCUCGCCGCCCUCGACCACGGCCUCCUCCGGCUAAAUCAAUCCUAUUCCCGACUCCAAUCCCCAUCAUAAGGCUUCCCCGGCUCGUCACAUUGGAAAAUCCUUUGGCUAAGUCUCCUUUUUUUUGUCUUUUAUUACGUUCAGUUCUAUAGCAUAUAAAUGUACAACGGCUAGAUUACAUUACAUUCAAUUCUAUAAUAUAUAUAUAUAUAUAUGUUUGUAUAUUGCCUUGA